AUGGAUUCUAAGGAUCUGUCGCUGCAGAUGCUCUCUGUCGAAUCCCAGAAUCAAAAGCUGGAGCUGAAUCAACUAAAACAGCAGCUUGGGCAUGCAAAUCAGGACAACCAGGAACUCCAGAAGGCCAUUGAAAAGGUGACCUACAAAUAUCAGUUCGCCAAUUCCCAGAAGGAACAACUCACAAUUGAGCUGGAUGGUAUGAUAUUAAAAUUGGAGGAGCACGAUAUCAAGUUUAAAGGCGUCGUUGCAAAGCUGGAGGAGCAGAUCCGGUCGAUGCAGCUCAUCAUUUCGGAGUCACAGCAGCAAAUCGCCCAAAAGGAACAAAUGCGCCACCAAUUGCUAAAGGACCUUGAAGCUCAGGAGCAAAUGCAUCUGCAGCAAAUGGAGGCGCAGAAGCAGAGUCUGGAGGAUAACAACCUGGAAAAAAUUACCUGCUCCAUCUGCCUGGAGGCCUGGGACGCGAAUGGCUCUCAUCGGGUCGUCUCUCUGGCAUGUGGUCAUCUCUUCGGGGAUUCAUGCAUUCGAGCUUAUUUAAUGAGAAAUAACGACUGCCCGAUUUGCCGACAGAUGGCAUAUACACAGGAUCUUCGCUAUAUCUUCGGUCGUAAUAUCCAUUAGUUUGGUUGAUGUUCCAGUAUUUGAAUUUCCAAUAGCGUGGUUUUUGUUACCAUUUUA